AUGGCCUCCGCAAGCCUCGGAAGUGGUGGGGUGGGCAGUUCCAGGUCUGUUAAUGGUGCCUUCAGGGGUUCUUCCAGCUCUGUCGAUUGGCUCGGCAGAGAGAUGCUCGAGAUGAGAUUGAGAGACCACGAAGACGAUAGAGAUAGUGAGCCUGACAUCAUUGAUGGUGUGGGUGCUGAGACAGGGCACGUGAUAAGAACCAGCAUUGGUGGCCGAAAUGGCCAAUCUAAGCAGAAUGUUAGCUAUAUUGCAGAACAUGUGGUGGGAACAGGCUCUUUUGGUGUUGUUUUUCAGGCCAAGUGUAGAGAAACAGGAGAGAUUGUGGCCAUCAAGAAGGUUCUCCAGGACAAGCGCUACAAGAAUAGAGAGUUACAAAUUAUGCAAAUGCUGGAUCAUCCAAAUAUUGUUGCGCUAAGGCAUUGUUUCUUCUCAACAACUGACAAAGAAGAAGUUUACUUGAAUCUUGUCCUUGAAUAUGUUCCCGAAACUGUGAAUCGCAUCGCAAGAAGCUAUAGCAGGAUUAACCAGCGAAUGCCUUUGAUAUAUGUAAAGCUUUAUACCUACCAGAUUUGCAGGGCUCUUGCUUAUAUACAUAACUGCAUUGGUAUAUGUCAUCGUGAUAUCAAACCUCAGAACCUACUUGUGAACCCGCAUACUCAUCAGCUGAAACUAUGCGAUUUUGGUAGUGCAAAAGUGUUGGUAAAAGGAGAACCAAAUGUUUCUUACAUCUGUUCAAGAUACUACCGUGCUCCGGAACUUAUAUUUGGGGCCACCGAAUAUACAACUGCCAUAGACAUAUGGUCAACUGGUUGUGUAAUGGCCGAAUUACUUCUUGGACAGCCCCUGUUUCCUGGAGAGAGUGGAGUUGAUCAGCUAGUUGAAAUCAUCAAGGUUUUGGGAACUCCAACUAGGGAGGAGAUAAAGUGCAUGAACCCUAAUUAUACUGAAUUUAAGUUUCCACAGAUAAAACCUCAUCCAUGGCACAAGGUCUUUCAGAAACGUUUACCCCCAGAAGCAGUGGAUCUUGUCUGUAGGUUCUUUCAGUACUCUCCCAAUUUGAGAUGCACUGCGUUGGAGGCUUGCAUUCAUCCAUUUUUUGAUGAAUUGAGGGACCCAAACACCCGUCUUCCAAAUGGUCGACCACUUCCUCCACUGUUUAAUUUUAAAUCACAGGAAGUUUCUGGUAUACCCCCUGAUGUGAUCAAUCUGCUAAUUCCAGAGCAUGCGCGUAAACAGAACUUAUUUAUGGCUUUGCAUACUUAG